CACUUGCUGGCAGAACAUCGGUGACUCUCGCUCUUAUAUUCUGAUCUCCUUGACGAGAUUCAUAGUACAUUGUUCAUCUCAUUCGUUGGAGGUUCACUUCACGAUCUGACUUCGACUAUCAAAGCACCACCCGGACUUUAGGCCCACAUAACUCCGAAGUUCAACAACACGAGCAUCUACACACGAGUGGCAGACCGCCAACACACACACACACACAAGUGCACACAUAAGUGCAACCUCUCCUCCUCCUCCUCCCCCCUCGACAAAGAAAGGACACGAGUUUCGCAUCCUCCGGGUUGCAGCUUCUCCUACAACGACGACCCACCUCCUCCGUCCACAGGUCAUCAUGGCGAGCUCAACCAGCUCCACCACGACCUUCCCUCCCUCGGUGCACAUCUCCCAACAUCCCUGCGUCCAAGCCAAACUCAGCCAGCUCCGAUCCGCCUCGACCAACGCUCGCGAGACCAAGGCCCUGGUCCAUGAGAUCGCCACCAUGGUGGGAUGUGAGGCAUUGGCGAAGGCCUUGACCGUGCAGGCGGGAGAGACGGACCACUCCCCACUCGGCUACCCCUACCAAACAGCCACCAUCACCCCUCAGAACAUCCGCCUCGUCCCCAUCCUCCGCUCCGGCCUCAGCAUGAUCGACGCCGUGCAAUCCCUCCUCCCCGUCGCCGUGCCCGUGCACCACCUCGGCCUCUACCGGGAGAAGACCACGCUCCAACCCGUCGAAUACUACAACAACCUCCCCUACCACAAAUCCUCCCCCUCCUCCGCCUCCGGAUCCCAACCAUCGUCGUCCGCGGAUCUCGCCAUCAUUCUCGACCCCAUCAUCGCGACCGGGAGCACCCUGGGCGCGGCCAUCGAGACCCUGCGCGAGGCCGGGGCGAAGCGGAUCCUGGCCAUCGCCGUCCUGGCGAGCGAGACGGGCCUGGGCAAAGUCGCGGAGAUCUGGCCCGAGGGCGUCACCAUCUGGGUGGGGGGCGUGGACCGCGAGACGGACGGCAAGGGCAUGAUCAAGCCGGGACUGGGCGACGUGGGCGAUCGGCUGUUCUUGACCGUGGGGAAGUAG